CACAAACGUCGUGAAAAUCGAAAUCGAUAAUUGCUAGAGGUAAUGUAACACCAUUAAGUCGGAGCUAAAAUAGAAAAAAAAAGCCAAUUGUAGAGUGACCCGAUUGUCGUAGAAAAAGCCCCAUGAUGCAGCCGCCGCCGCGUAAGGGAAACUAUGUGAAAUUCCUCAAGAAUUUGCACACGGAGCAGGUGGCCAAGCUGCAGCUGAAGAAUCAGCAUGAAUGCGACCUCCUGGAGGACAUCCGGCAGUUCACCAUCAAGCGUUCCGCUGUCGAGAAGUCAUACAGUGAGUCGCUGCUGAAGAUCUCAUCGCAGUAUCUCAACAAGAAGAUACCCAAUAUACCAGAUAUUAAGAUGGAGGGCAUGGAGGAACGCUGGAACAUGUGGAGCGUUUGGCGCACUGUGCUCGAGGAGAAUGAGAAACUGGCUCGUGCUCGAUUGGCCGCCAUAGAGGUGUUUCAACAGCAAAUCGCGGAUGAGGCCAAGGUUCUGCGGGACUAUAAGUUGGCCAUAGCUAAGCGUUCGCUAGCCGGAAUUGUCAAUGUGCAGAAGGAACUCCAUCUGAGCGUGGGCGAUGUGGAUAAGACCAAGAAAUCAUACUUUGACGAAGAGCAUUGUGCUCACGAUGUUCGGGACAAGGCCCGCGAUAUCGAGGAGAAGCUUAAGAAGAAGAAGGGCUCCUUCUUUCAAUCAAUCACUUCGCUGCAGAAGAACAGCGCCCGGGUCACAUCUCGCAAGGAGCUGCUGGAGGAGAAGUCAUCUGGCGCCCGGAAUGACUACGUACUCAGCUUGGCGGCGGCCAAUGCGCAUCAGAAUCGCUACUUCACCGUCGAUCUGCAGACAACGAUGACCACCAUGGAGAACUAUGUUUUCGAGCGGGUUGCCGAGUACCUGAUGUUAAUGGGACGCACAGAGCUGUUGACUUGCUCGGCUACGCAGAAUAGCUUCGGAAAGAUCCGUGACCAGGCGCAGCAGUUGACGCGGGAGUACAACCUGCAGUGCUGCUACCUAUUCUAUCCGGUGCUGAAGCAGCACAUCCAAUAUGACUUCGAGGCGUGCGACAAUGAUCCGGUGCGCAAGGUGACCGCGGAGCAUGAGUCCGCCGCCGAGACGCUAACCAAGGAGGCCAAGAAUCUGGCCGGAAGAGUGGUCAAGGAGAAUGCCUCGAUCAGGGAGAAUGCCAAGAAGUUGGCCUUGUGCCAGUCGCUGCGAGACUCUGGCCAGCGCACGGAUCCCAACGAUCCAAAUGGACCGGAUCUGGACACCAAGAUCGAGGAGUUCCGUGAUCAAAUCCGUCGAUCCGAGACGGAAAAGACAAAAGCGGAGGCAUGUCUGCAGUGCCUGCGCGAUGGCGGCAUUAACGUGGACGAGUGGGUGCAGGAGGCCGAGAAUAUGGGUGUACAGGAGCUGACGCGUUCGGCCAGUUCCAUUUCGAUGCGCACCGACGCCUCUGGCCAGGGCGAGAAUCCCAGUUCCGAUUCAUUCUACGACAGCGACAAGGAGGAGACUCAGGCAGCUGCCCAAACGAAGCCCAAGCAGGAGCAACAGCUAUCCAGGGAUCGUACCUUCAGCGAUAGUGAGGAUGAGCCCGAAGUGCGUCCAUCGGCAGCGGCAGCUUCUUCUGCAGCUGCUGCCUCGUCAUCCAUGAUGGCCAGUAGCGCUGGUGGCUGGGAUGAUCCCACUGAGGUCAACUGGGGAGCUGGCGAGGAGGAGGACGACAAGGACGAACCGAUUGUUCCAGAACCCAAGGAGGCGAUCUUCAAGUGCACUGCACUCUACAGCUAUACGGCCCAGAAUCCCGACGAGCUCACCAUCGUCGAAAAUGAACAGCUCGAGGUGGUUGGCGAAGGCGACGGCGAUGGGUGGCUAAGGGCCCGCAACUAUCGCGGCGAGGAGGGCUACGUGCCACACAACUAUCUGGACAUCGAUCAGGAGACAGCGGGCAGCGCCUUUAAUGGUACUUCCGGCAAUCAAUUGCGAUCUCAAAUCUCAUUCUCAUCUGUCGAUUAUACCGUUGACAAUGAAGAUCAGACAGUGGACUCGAUGCAAUCACCCGACCAGGUGUCGGUCAUCAUGGCGCCCCAGAAGCGAGUCAAAUCGGACGUGGAAUGGUGCAUCGCGCUGUACGACUACGACGCCACCGCCGAGGAUGAGCUGACCUUCGAGGAGGGCGACAAGAUCAAGAUCAUCACGAAGACCGCCCACGGCGUGGACGACGGUUGGUGGGAGGGCGAACUGGAUGGCAAGUUCGGUAACUUUCCAUCGCUGGUCGUCGAGGAGUGCGACGAGAUGGGCGAGCCGCUUAGCGAGGGUGGCGACGAGUCACCUCCGCCCACCGCAGCGCCCACUUUUGCACUGCCACCCGCUCCGGCCCUGCCACCAGAGUACGCCCACGAACUGGAACUGGAGCUCACUGAGGAUAUGUUUGGUUCUCAGGAUACAGCAGAUGAGGAUAGCGGCUAUAUACCCAACGGCGCUGCUGCCCCGAGUAUUCCUCCGCCAGGCCAGAACCAAAGCCAAACCACUGCCAAGAAGGGUAAUUUAAUGAAUAUGCUCUUUUAUCUAAACUAUCUUAUACCCGAAACUUUUCCUGAUUCAGUAAUUCUUAGUGUAGGAAAAUCUAUUUCAACUCCACUGUUUGAGAGCAUGUCCAAUCCCCCUCUUAACUAUUGUUCAACUUUCAAAAUGAGAUUUUCUUCUUGGUAUAUAGAAAAAAAUAUACAAUAUAUAUUCAGUAUAAGGUUUUUAUCAACCUGUUUACAACUAUUCCCUAAAGACAUUUAAAUCAAAUCUAUACAUAAUAUUUUAAUAAAGAAAAGCCCUUGUUCUAUGUAUAUAUUUCAAUCCUAUCGGUUUACACCUGUAGCUCAGUAGUAGUUAUCAGACUGAAUUUGGAAAGCAAAGACUUUAUAUGAAACCCUAGUUUUCUAACGAUCUCCUCCCGCAUGCUUGUCAACCUCCAAUCUGAAUAAAUGUAACCGAAAAUUAUACUUUUGCUAAAGUUUUCAGUUUUUUUUUUAGUUUCCAAUUGCCAAACCUAAUCGUGUACUUAGAUAGUUUUUGUUCCAAGGCUGCCUUGGCUUGAUCCAAAAUAUUUUUGGUUUCCUUCUCACCGCUCUAUAACAUUUGGAUCGAUAAAAUUGUAUUCAUAUAAGAUAUAGCAUUCCGAAAAUAUGAUUGAUACUAAGCCAACAAAUCUUUUCUCAUUUAUUUUUAACGCAUACUCAGUACUCAUCCAAGAGCCUGGCAUGGAGGACGAUCUCAGUGACGAUGGGCAGCCGCCGCCGUCCUUGCCGCCGCCCCAACUAGCGAAGGCGGGCGGAUCCGCUCCUGGAUCUGGGAGCAAGGUCGAAAAGGGGGCGGCGGCAGGUGGCGCCAACACGCUGAACUUAGGUAUGGCACAAAUAAUUGUUACCGCUGCAACCCCCAUGGUUGAAGACGGUGCCGAUAAAUCUUUCCCACCAGUAGGCGAGAGCGAUGCACAGCCAGUGGAGCCGGUGUCCAAGGAGCAGCCGGCGGAAGUGGCCAAAAAGCCAGAUAUUGCGCCCAAGCCGCUGGCCAAGGUGGCGCCACAGAGCGCGCCGGCCAAAGAAGGUAAUGCUGGAGUGAGGCCCGUGGUGAGCAUUACACUGACCGAGUAUCCAUCCUGUGAUGCAGAGGACCAACAGUCCUUCUCGGAGGGCACCGAUUCGGCUUCGGUUGCCGAUGUGCCGGUACUGCAGGAUGCGGAGGAUCCAUUCAACGAGAAGGCCAAGGGAGAGUCCGGCGACGGUUCGGGAUUUGAGGCCAAUUUUGAGGCCAACUUCGAUGCCAAUUUUGAUGACGCCUUCGCUGGAAUCGGAGGAGGUGGGGGCGGUGGAGGUGGCGGUGGGGAGCAGUCCAACGAAUUGGACAUCAACGGAGAGGCAGCAGGAGAAGCAAUAGUAUCUGGAUCUGCGGCUGGCGAUGAGGAUAUUGAGGCACCCAAACAGGUGGUCGGUGGGCGAGCUAGCAUACCCGAGGAAUUGGACUCAAAUCAAUUGGCACGUUUGCAAAAUCUGAAGGAGUCGAACGCUUAGAUUCGGAGCUCCGGUCUCUACCUCUUGGUCGGCACUUCAAUAUUGUUUCUUUUGUUCUUUUAGGCACACUACCAUGAGCAUGAAAUAUACUAUGUAGACUAUAGCCACGGACAGUUAUAGAGCGGAUCAGCGGAACACCACAGCCACAGCCACAACCACAACCAAAUCCCAAAACACUCGAUAGCAUUUUGAUCUCACACUCAUCCCACAACCUAUCCAACAAAUCCAAACACACAGAUGAUAUAGCCAGACUCAGACGGACUUAUCGCAACUUAUCGAUCGGGUGGCGGAUAUAGAUCAUUGGUUAUCCCUUAAUUAAAGCAAACAAGAUUUGUUUCGGCCGCCCGAUUUUACAUACAACGACACGAAUAGCAGGAUAUAGAAUAUAUGUAUGUACUUAAAUCAGAUCGGGAUUCCCGCUCCCAACUUCACGUACAGCGCUCAAAUUGUGUACAUCCAUUUGAAUACUUCUUCUGACUGCCUCUGGGGUUAUAGUUAGACAUCAACUGGGCCUUCAUAAACAAAACCACCAUACGAUAUAUAUUAUAACUAUAUAAAUAUAUACAUAAUUAUGUUAGUUUGUAAUGUGUUAUAACCUCGGACACGUAUGGAAUACAUUAAUAUAUAUAUAUAUAUAUAUAUAUAUAUAUAUAUAAAUGGCAUAUUGUAACGUUUUGAAAGACAACAAUUACUUAUGUAGCACUCAGACACGGGUCUUCGAAUAUCAGCAUCCACAACUAAUCGAGCAAUAAUAUGUAUAUAUAUCUAAGUGAAUUAGAAAAUCCAGUUUAGCAGCAUUAAGUUAGCCAUUCGCUUGAACUUGCCGCCGCUAACAAAAGCCAAUCAAUUUCAAGGUCAAUUCAGUUGGACUUAUUUCCCGCUUCUGUUCGCUCCACUUAGUCAUAGGAUCUCUGCACAUCUCUGCAUAGUAAAUUAAUCGAAGCCGAUGACGAGCGGAUCCGUCAGAUAUAUAUUGUUGUAAUUGUAUGCAAAACACUAGCCUAAUUAGUUAAAUGUUUUCCGUGUCUAGUAAAAUGGUCUAAGUUAAUGUUGGAUGCCAGAAAGAAGAUAUUUGAAAUAUUAGUAAAAAAGCCUAAUCAAUGCGAUACUUUGUUUGCGAUACUCGUCGAAUAGUAAAGUUCAUAACUCACCAAUUGGAUAACUUCAUAUUCACAUAACCGAUAUUACCGAUAACAAUGGAUAACAAUGAUGAAAACCCAAUAUAUAUGUACGUAUGUAAGUCGCAAACUGAAUUGUAUGUAAUUUUUGACCCCGCCCAGUGAGUUAAUCAAUGUUUUAAGUCAUAGUUUACAAAACCUUCUGUUCGAAAAACAAAUAACAAAUAAAAUUUCCACCUUAAAGC